AAACAGAAAUCUCAAUGAAUGAUAACGUUGCUCCGUAAACUACUGUUUAAAAUAAGCAACUCUUUGCUAACAAGUUACAACUUGAAAGAUAUGUCAAUGUUGUGUUCAUAACUUGUUUUCGCUGCCCACAAGUGGCCAAAAUAAAUGUCUUAUCGCAGGUGCUGACUUUAAAGUCAAUGAAACGGAAGCGAGAGUAUCUUUAUCUCCUCUAAUGUAACAAGUGAAAAGGAAAUCAAAUCUUUCCAAUGUGACUUAGUUAGCAAGGUCUUUGCAAACUGCUAGCUAGGAGCCUCUCUUUAUCAGUCACUUGACUUGAUCAAUUUCUGUAAUGCUAUCUCCAUCAAAUUUAGGACAAAGAAGUAAUAAUUUGAUUUAUAUUUUGGCUUAGGUACAUAUGUCAAAAGGUAGGUUUUCCAGUAUGUUGGGAAAUCACUCCAUAUGGUGCCUAUCAAAUCCCAGUAUUUAAUUAUAUGUUUGGUGGCAAAUUUCCAAAAAACAGGACAUCCCUCAAGAGAUUAAGCCCUGCAUGUCUGGGGCUAAGAACCUCUAUCCCCUUCGCUUAUCCUCCCUCACUCGUUGGGGUUUCCUCCAUCUAUACCCCUCUCCGUUCACUCAUGGUCCACCUCAUUCCUCUGCUCCCACCUUCCCUGUUCCCGCUCCUUCCUCUCCCCCUGCUGUGAUGUCCUUGAGGGCCUGCUGAAGCUCCCAUAAAGCCUGCAGUAAAUGGCUCUAAUCCGGUAAUAAAUGGCUGUGUCCUACAGACAAGGGUGUGAGGCUGCUGCAGCCACGGCUUUAUCAGAUGGAAUGGUAUUGGCACGCACAUGCACAGACGCACACACAUUCACAGAUGUAAUAGAAACUGUAUGCAUGUGUGUAAGCAUGCAUAGUCUCUCUCCCAUAUUACUUUUUCUCUCUCUCUCACACACACACACACACACACACAAUCAUGUAUACAGCUUCAGAUGGAAUCACGCCUGCUUCGAUUGUGCUGCUUUUAUGGAUGCCAUGCAAGAGCAGCGCCAUUAUUACCUUUACAUGAUUAGAGAUGCGACUGUGAUGCAUUAUGAUGAUAGGAUCAUAUAGAGCUGAAUGAGCUGUUGCAUUGCUCUUUAUGCCUGCCGGGAUAGACUGUCACUGAAUGAAGGAGAAGGGAGGGACACAGGGAAUAAGAAGAAUAGUAAUGUGACCUUUGGAGAUACUUGGAGUUCACCUGUUUUUAAUCAGCAAAUACAAUUGAUUUUUAUCUCCCCUGGUUUUAUUUGUGUAAUACUGAAGUCACUUGGUCCUCUGAGACUGGACUUAAAUGUAUGUGCGUGUGUGUGUGCGUGGGGAUGUCUUACAACCGCUACACUCCUUGUUGAGUUGUAACCCAGAGCAGUGCUUUCAUUUUCCUGCCAUAACUUAUAUUGAUUUUUUCCUGUGUGUGUGUGUGUGUGUGUGUGUGGGCGCUCAUGUGCAGGCGUUUGUGCUCUAAGCUUCAGUUUUUGAUCAGUGCAUGUGUUUCUCUUCAGGUGGAGGUGACCGGCAGCAGUGUGUUUGACUACAUCCACCCGGCGGACCACGUGGAGAUGGCCGAGCGGCUGGGAAUCAGACCGCAUCUGAGGGCAGAGGCCGGCUGUCACACGGGCCCCGAGAGCGCUUCCAGCUCCGCAUCCACCUCAUCUCUCGCUGGUACCCCUGAACCCGCUCCGUCUAGUCCUCAUUCUCCUGCUGAUGAGCCUCCCGACCGCGGCUACUUCAUCCGCAUGAAGUCCACGCUCACCAAAAGAGGCCUGCAUGUCAAGUCUUCUGGAUACAAGGUAAUCCAUGUGACAGGACGGAUCCGCUGCCGCCCUGCGCUUGUGCCGGGCUCCACGCGCUCAGUGCGUCGACCGAUUGGUUUGGUUUCCCUGGCACACACCCUCCCGCCCUCCACACUUAAUGAAGUCCGCAUGGAGAGCCAAAUGUUUGUCUUCCGAGUGAACAUGGACCUACAGGUCACAUAUUGUGAGAACAGGAUCUCAGAGUAUAUGGAUCUGACCCCAGCAGAGGUGGUGGGACACACCUGUUACCACUUCAUCCAUGUAGAAGACCUGGAGAACCUCCGGCAGAGCCACGAGGACUUGUUAAGGAAAGGCCAGGUGGUGACCGGUUACUACCGUUGGCUCCAGAGGAGAGGAGGCUACCUGUGGAUCCAGUCCAGUGCCACCGUCUCCAUCAACCACAAAGCCCCCCAUGAACGCAACGUCAUCUGGGUCAACUACGUUCUGAGUCGAACAGAGUUGCCCGACACUCCCCUGGAUAUACUGCAGCUACCAGAGAAUGUAAGAGCAGAGCGACUUCGAGUUAGCUCGUCCCCCACCGACAGUUCCCCCCAGGCCCGAGGCUCGCAACCAGUGAAGAGCUCGGUGGGGAAGAGUGACGCCGACACUAAAGGCAGAGAGAAAUUUACCACCGCUGCCAUCCAAUCAGAGGACAGGAGGAAGCGCCUGCUGAGGUCCGACCCCGAGGGUGCUCCUCCGGAAACCCGUCGCAGACUGGAGGAGCUCCGUCACACAGAGGAGAGUGUAUCGGCCUCCUCUGACCUGGCGAGCGAAAGCGAGGGCGAGGACGAGGAAGAGACAGAGUGGGACCAGGGGGGAAACAGUGACAGACUGAAACGGGAAGACGGUCGAGGAGGUAAACAGAGUAGGGGAGGAGACACCCCCACUAGAGGGGAGAGGGGGAGCAGGGUGCACAACGGCCGGGCUGUGAUCCAGCAACUGAAAAGCGUAGUGACCCCGUCUCCCCUGCCUGGCAGCCCCAGCAUCAAGACUGAACAUGAAGCCCUGACCAACGGGGGCCGUUGGGGGUCACACACACAGACCGCCACCUCCCACACACACACCACUCAACCCUCGCAUGCACACACACCCUCCAGCAGCCUUAAUGGCGACAGCCCCACCACUCCAAUCCCUGACUCUUCUUCCAGCAGUGACGCCCCCCCAAAAGGGUUGUUCACUCCUCCUUCCCCUGCUCUUUCUCCCGCAAUGUCCGUGUCCUCCCCGUUGCCCCGUGAGGACAGGGUUGUGUCGGGGUUGGUCACUCGGAGCAGUGGUGGUAUAGGUAGCACUCCUGACUUUGAGCUGCUCCAGAGACUGGCUGCAGGCAGCGCAGCGGGGCGGGUCCUCUUCCACCCCCUUGCCCUCGGCCCGCAGGGCCCUCAGAGCCUCUACGCUCCCAGCACUAUCCGUUAUGCUCCACCUGAGCUGCCCCCCUCUCACCACCACGGCAUAGAACACAGCGAUGGCCUGCAGCUACGCUCGGACCACCACAAGGGACCCCCGCCAGCCUUCUUUCCCCACCUACAGCGGUUGGCUGGCUUGCCACCCUUCAGUGGUUUCUCCCCGUCUGACAGCCCUUUCUCCUCCGGCCUGCCCUUCUGUAUGAACGGACUGAGGGGGGCUGCAGGCUCCGAGGAGGACUGAGACAGACGGGAGGAGGGGGGAGGAGAAGAUAAAAAAUGAAAGACGGAGCAGAGUGACAGACCAGAAAGAGAGACAUUGAAAAGGGCAGGAGAGACAGAAGUGGCAGGACAUUAAGCCUCUAAGGACAUUACUAAUUGGACAAUGAGUUGAAUAACUGCGAUUUAAAAUAUGUGACAAGUCGCUGCCAUAGGGAAUUAUUGUGUCUGUCCAUUGUGGACAAGUGACAGUGACUCUCAGAGAAAACGGGACAUGGAAACUUUUGACUGGUUGUCCCUCAAGACUUUCCGUCUCUACAACAAUAAUGAACUCUGCUCUGUGUUUUUCUCUAGAUGACUGUGUUGAUUUCUGUGUCUCUUCCACUCAGAGAAGCCAUAUUGUAUAUAGAGACAAAACCAUAAAGACCCUCAGCUCACAUCCUCCUCACUGUCACUCCAAUUAACCCAAUUAACCCUGAAGCCUGUAGAGCGAGAUGGACACUUGUCUGUCGGAAUGAAAGCGACUUUGAAAUAUACAUUUUUAUUAUUGCAGUAUUAUACAAAUCAUCUAUCACACUGGGCUCCAGGUGAGAAUAUGAUUAUAGGGUUUCCCUUAAAAAAGACGGAGAAAGUCCUCUGGCGUUUUUGUAUUGAGAUUCAAAAUGAUAACGAUAAAAACAUCUUCAUCAGUCAGCCAUACUUAAAGCACACUGUUGGGACAAAAAUAUGAAUAAUGUAGUCCCAGACAUUCCAUUAUAUAUAAGGGAAAAAAAUGCAAUGCUGACAGGACGCAAUUUCUGUUGUUUGAUUAUAGGAGAGCAAUUUGUUUAACUGAGUAUUAAAUAUAGUAUAUUCUGUAUGAUGCUGCGGUUAUGUUUGUGUAUGAAAGCCAUAUUCUUGUUUUUUCUUUUUGAGGUUUGUAUUGAAUUUCUUUUCACCAGAUAAAACAGAUGGAAGGAUGUGAAAAAUGAGUCUAGACAGACAAAAUAACAUUGUUUUAUUGGAUGUACAAUGUGAUCCAAAUACCUUUUUAUUGUUCUCUAAAAAAAAUAUAUUUCUGAAAAUGUUUUUAGGAGGGGAAAUGGUGCUGGACACAAGUGCUUUUUUGUUGUGUGUCUUACUGAGCACUUACUGAAAUUUGUUCUGGUGUGAACUCAAAGCACUUCAUCACUUAACACUUACUGUGUGAUCCUGAAAACAGAAAACAAUGCAAGAGUGGUCACUAGUAUCAUAGCCCGGCCUAGUGGAGUGGAA